AUGACAGAAAAUAAAAGACUCGCUGCUGAAGACUUGAGUAAUGUAUGGAAAGAUAAUAAUAAUAAGCUUACAUCAGGAUUAAAAUUGGAUCUUGUUCAACAUUUAUUACAGCAACGUCAAUCACAAGAAUGGGUUGAUGCUAAACAACGUGUCAUUAAAAUAAUGAAACUUGAUCAAUUUGAUAAUUCACAAGAAAUUAAAAUACUUGAUAUUGGAUGUGGUUUAGGUAUUGAUUUAAUGUUAGUAGGUGAAGAAGCGACUCGUUUAGGUAAAACAGUUUCGAUUAUUGGUUUAGAACAAAAUUCUACAUUGAUUGAAGAAGCAAAAAAUUUAUAUGAAAAUCAAAAAGAUCAUUUAUCAUCGAGUGUAUCUAUUCAAAUUGUACGUGGUGAUAUUCUUCAAAUGGAAUUUAAUGAUGAAACUUUUGAUAUUGUUCGUUCUGAUAUAACACUUCAACAUGUUGAUCUUCCAAAAGCUUUGACUGAAAUAAAACGAGUAUUAAAAGUGAAUGGUCGAUUAAUAGCUUUAGAAGGUAGUGCUUCUAAUAUUUUUAGUCCUGAUGAAAUUAUGAUUAAAAUAUAUGAUACUGUUUUACCAAAUCGAAGGGAUGGUGGAACUGCUAUUCGUUUACAAUUUUUAUUGCCAAAAAUGAAUUUUGAACUAAAAGGUUCGAAUCCAACAGCAUUUCUACAAUCAGGACAAUUUUUAGCAAGUCAAGAUAAAGAUUGGAUUAAAAUGCGAGGAGUAUCAGAAAUGUUAAUUACAAAAGGUGUUUUAACUGAAGAAGAAAGUAAAGAUUUUCUAAAACGUUAUAUCGAAGCUUGUGAAACUAAUCAAAUAUUAUCAACUGCAAUUUUAUUUAUUAUUGAAGCAGCUAAAUGCAAAUAA